AACAAACAGUCAACACACCACCCAAAAUGGCGGACGCAGACAAGAAGACAAUCUACAUCGACGAGGAAGUCGGACAAGACACACAAGAAGUCGACGGCAGCGAAGCGAAGCCUUUCAAGACUGUCCAAUAUGCCUACCUCCAACAUACCGACCAAGCACAAUAUCAGGUGAAGAAGAAGGAGGGCGACGAACCAGAAGCGACAUGGAAGCCCGCGGCGAAAGCUGCGCUCAAGAAAGCCGCCAACUACGCAGACGCACAGAAGAAGAAGGCCGGCAAGGAGAAAGAGCUGGCGAUUCGACAGCAAAAGGAGGAUGAGGAGCGUCAGAAGGUGUUUGACGAUGCGAAGAAGAUUGUGCUGAAGGAGGACACGUCUCUGCCAAAGUCGGUCAAGAUCAACCUCGGCGAGACAAGACCGGAGAAGGUCAAGUUGGGCAGCGGGGAGCGCUCAAAGGAGGUCGACUACACCAGCGAGAACCGUGGCACUCGUGUUCGAGUGAUGGGUCGCGUGCAUCGUUUCCGGCAGCAGAAGGAAGUGCUGUUCGUCACCCUCCGCGAUGGCCACGGGUUCCUGCAAUGUGUGCUCACGGGCCAGCUCGUCAAGACGUACGAUGCUCUAACCCUCACCCGAGAGUCAAGUAUGUUGAUCGUGGGAGAGAUGUGGGAAGUACCACCAGGUGCUCACGCCCCCGACAACCGCGAGCUGCACGCCGACUACUUCGAGGUUAUCGGCAAAGCUCCUGGAGGCGACGAUGCGAUCACCAACGUCGUCCAAGCCAAAGGCGACCCUCAACACCUCCUCGACCAACGCCAUCUCGUCCUCCGCGGAGAGACAGCGUCAGGAGUCAUGUUCGUCCGCGACGCCGUCGAGCACGCUUUCAACUUGAAGUUCCAUGAACUCGGCUAUGUCAAAGUCUCCCCACCCGCUCUCGUCCAAACCCAAGUCGAAGGCGGCAGCACCCUCUUCGGCUUCGACUAUUACGGCGAGAACGCCUACCUCACACAAUCCUCCCAACUGUAUCUCGAAACCGCCAUCCCCUUCGCCGGCAACGUCUACUGCAUCGAAAAGUCCUUCCGCGCCGAGAAGUCCCUCACCCGCCGCCACUUGUCCGAGUACACCCACGUCGAAGCCGAACUCGACUUCAUCACCUUCGACGAUCUCCUCGAUCAUUUGGAGGAGAUGAUGUGCGGCGUGCUGGAAAUCGUCAUGGGCAACCCCCGCAUCGCCGCUCUGAUCAAGGAACUCAACCCGGAAUUCGAAAUGCCUCAACGCCCGUUCAUGCGCAUGAAGUAUUCCGACGCGAUCGACUGGCUGCGCGAACACGACAUCAAGAACGAGAAUGAUCAACCGCAUCAAUUCGGCGACGACAUCGCCGAAGCUGCUGAGCGGCGAAUGACCGACAUCAUCAACAAGCCCAUUUUCCUGACCCACUUCCCAGUCGAGAUCAAAGCGUUCUACAUGCAAAAGGACAAGGAAGACCCUCGCGUGACGGAGAGUGUCGACUGCCUCAUGCCCGGUGUUGGCGAAAUCGUCGGCGGCUCCAUGCGCAUGGACUCCUACGACGAACUCAUGGCGGCCUACAAGCGCGAGGAAAUGGACGCGGGACCAUACUACUGGUACACAGACCAGCGCCGCUACGGCACGAGUCCGCACGGCGGUUACGGGCUGGGUCUGGAGCGGUUUUUGGCGUGGUUGUGUAAGCAGCAUACCGUGCGGGAUACGUGUUUCUAUCCGAGGUAUAUGGGCAGGUGUAAGCCUUGA